UUAGAACUGAGUUAAGUGAUUGUGUGUAUAUAAAUAGCUACACACAUGAUGGAAAAGUCAAACGACUGUCGAAUACGAGUUUUGAACAAUAUGUAAUCAUUCAGUUGCGGCUUAAUAGUUACUUGUUUUCUUAUUGAACAUUUUUAUAAACGAACAAUUCAGUAGCUUUUUAGCCAUCAUCCCUGAGAUAUUGUUUUAUUCGCACGUGACAACAGUGUAGCUGUGUUUCAGACAGCGUUACCAAAGUUAUUAGCAGCAAAACAGAAUACAGAACACUGUCACAACACAAAAAGAUGAUGACAUGAAAACGAAGGUUGCACCGUUGAUCCUGAUUGGAGCUUAUCGGACUCAUCGAUGUUCUGUGUGGUAACUGGCGAAAUACACUUAGAGCGCGCGCUACCUUCGUUCACUGAUUUGCCAGCAUCAGAGGAAAUAACACAGCUGCAUACCGUUAACGUUAGAGGGAUGCCGUUCAUCAGCUGAGAUUUACUGAGUCCAGUUAGAGGUCAUCAUCACGUGCUUGGAGUCCCUCCCACCACCACCACCAGCACCAGCACCAGCGCCCCGCCUGCAGAGAGCCAUGGGGAGCGAGUCGGACACAGGCCCGUUGCGCCUGAAGCAGGAGAUCUCCCUCCUCCACGGCGUCUGCCUCAUCGUGGGCAACAUGAUCGGCUCGGGCAUCUUCGUGGCGCCCAAGGGCGUCCUGGAGCACACGGGGUCCUUCGGCCUGUCCCUGGUGGUGUGGACCAUCGGCGGCGUCUUCUCCGUCUUCGGCGCGCUCUGCUACGCCGAGCUGGGCACCACCAUCCGCAAGUCGGGCGCCAGCUACGCCUACAUCCUGGAGUCCUUCGGCGGCUUCCUGGCGUUCAUCCGCCUGUGGACCUCGCUGUUGAUCGUGGAGCCCGCCUGCCAGGCGGUCAUCGCCAUCACCUUCUCCACCUACCUGGUGCAGCCCUUCUACCCCACCUGCGCGGCCCCCUACGUCGCCGUGCGCCUCAUAGCGGCCGUCAUCAUCGGCCUCCUGACCAGCGUGAACUGCAUGAAGGUGAAGUGGGGAGCCAUCCUGCAGGUCGCUUCCACCAUAGCCAAGGUCCUGGCGCUCAUCGUCAUCAUCGUGGCCGGCCUGGUGCUGCUGAUACAAGGAAAGACGGGGAACUUCGAGGACUCCUUCAGAGGCUCCAAGCUGAACCCGGGGGACACGGCCUUGGCCCUGUACGCUGCCCUCUACUCCUACUCGGGCUGGGACACCCUCAACUUCAUCACGGAGGAGAUCAAGAACCCGGAGAGGAACCUCCCGCUGUCCAUCGCCAUAUCCAUGCCCAUCGUCACGGUGAUAUACGUCCUGACCAACGUGGCCUACUACACGGUGCUGGACGCCGACGCGGUGCUGAGCAGCGAGGCCGUGGCUGUGACCUUCGCCGACAGCGUGCUGGGAUACGGCCGCUGGCUCAUUCCCCUGUCGGUGGCCAUUUCCUGCUACGGAGGCCUCAACUCGUCCAUCAUCGCCGCGUCCAGAUUGUUCUUCGUGGGCUCCCGGGAAGGGCAUCUACCCAACCUCCUCUGCAUGAUCCACGUCAAGCGCUACACCCCCAUCCCGGCCCUUAUCUUCAAUGGAGGCAUGUCUCUGAUAUUCCUGUGCGUGAGGGACGUGUUCCAGCUCAUCAACUACUUCAGCUUCAACUACUGGCUGUUCAUUGGCCUGUCCAUCGCCAGCCAGAUCUACCUGCGCAUCAAACGGCCCGAAAUGCACCGUCCGGUCAAGCUGAGUCUGUUUUUCCCGAUAGUGUACUGCCUGUGCAGCGUGUUCCUGGUGGUGGUUCCGCUCUUCAGCGACACCAUGAACUCCCUGGUGGGGAUCGGCGUGGCGCUCUCCGGGGCCCCCGUCUAUUUCCUCUGCGUGUACAUGUCCCCCAGCUCCCGCCCCGCCUUCUUAGGGGAGAUGCUCGACUUCAUCUCCCUCAGCACCCAGAAGCUGUGCCUUUGCUGUGUGGCCGACCCAGCGCUGGACCUGGACAACCUGCCGGAGGACAAGCAAGCGUGAGGGGAGGGGGCGGGGCCAGGGACGGGACCUGGGGCGCCCCCGCACGCGCGGCACGCUGAGCCGCACGCGCUUCGCUACGCUUUUAUUUAUUUGACUUGAUUUUAGGCUGUUUUCCUACAGCAGGGCCUACGCUGCCUAGGCCUGCGGGGGGAGAAUAUCUGGAUUUAAACUAGUGCGGUUGGCAGGCUCCUCUCGGCCCUGCGGCAUUUUGGGACUCAUUCCUCUUCGGGGGCGGGGCCCAGCCGUUCCUGGCCCCUCCCACGGCAGAAGAGCGGGACCAGCCUCAGUGUGCUCCUCCUCUGCGAUUCCUAAAGAGCGGCUCACACGGACUGCGGCUCAUUAUUUAACGUAGUUAUAAAAUUGGCGGCGAAGGCCGACCAGCUAUGUUUUAGUAUAAAAAAAUCUGAUAUAUUUUAGCGUUGUUUAGAGUUAGAAUUGGACAGUUUGUGUUCUUUUCUGCUUCCGUACACUGCUGUACGGGCGAAACCCCGCGGGGCCCUCGUUGGAGCUGCGUCAGACCUGCCGAGAGCCCCUCCUCCCCGAGCCCCAGGUCCGCGUGUGCCUGUGACGCAGCACGGAGCUCCGCUCGCAGCGCAGCGACCGUAAACAUGGAGCAACUAGAGCGGUCCAGCCCAACAAAAGAAGUGGUUUCAGCCCGGUGCCACACAGGAUCGACCCAGGGUCUAUGCUCAGGUUCCCGUGCAGUUCAUUCAGUAGGAUAACAGCUGUUUGUGGUCCUUACUGCCGUCUUAAGAAGGUGUUUUUAUGUAUGUACACGGAUGGUGACUGUCAGUCUAGUGAACCCUGUGACAUCAUAGUGACCUCUCUUAAAGGGAACCUCAACUGGAAAAAAAUGGGUGUUUUUGCUAUCCAGGGAUGUGGAUUGGUUUAUUUGUUUUAAGUGAAGGCAUAUGGUAAUGCAGAUCGACUUUAAACCACACCCCUUCAACUCAAACAGUCAACGCCCCCCCUUGAAAGGGGACUCUCAGGGAGCAGUGAGCCCCACAGUGCACUGCUCUGCUGUGUUUGUAAAAAAAAAAAA